AUGGCGAAAGACAUCGUCGACCCAGAAGCUACACCCGAACAGGUCGAGCAGUCAGCCGCGGAGACUGGCGCCCUUCUCACUGAGGAAGCCCUGAAUAUCACGGAGCCACGGAAGAGGGAUUUCGCCCAUGUUUUCAUAAGAAUGUACGCUGUUGUGUUUUUCAUUAACAUCGGAAUGCAGAUGAUAGCGCCUGCGCAGAUCCAGAUAUACGAGAGGAUCUACUGUUCUGAAUGGUACAACAAGCACCCGGCUGACCGACUGACUUAUGGGAAUGAUAUUCCCGAAGCCCUGUGCAAGAUACCGCAGGUUCAACAACAGGUGUCGACACUUAAAGGCUGGCAGGAGUUUUUCGGAGCAGCUCCUGCUUUGCUUGUGAGCGUUCCAGUGGGCAUGCUCACCGACGUUUAUGGCCGCCGUAUUUUGGCCAUAGUUACCAUUUCUGCCGUGUUCCUGGCCCAAGCUUGGGCUGCAGCCGUUGCUUGGUUUGGAGGAAGCAUUCCCCUCGAAGCGAUUUGGCUAGGAUCUAUCUUCACCUUCUUUGGCGGAGGCGCCGUCGGUGCUGAAUUGCUCAUGGUGUGCGUUCUCACAGAUAUAAGUACCAAGGAAAGCUUAACUGUUGCAUUCUUCCGCGUUACUUCCAUGGGCUAUUUUGCCAAGGUCAUUGGACCAGUCAUAGCAGCAACUCUGAUGCGAUAUAAUCCAUGGUUGGCCAUAUAUAUUGGCCUCGCAUUCCUCUUUGGUACCAGCAUCCUCAUGACAACGUUCCCAGAAACCUUGGCCUCACGCAUUGAGCUUGAAGUGGACGGCGAUGAACAACCCACCUCGCCCACCAGCAGAAUACUAAAGACUACUUGGAAAGACACCCGCGAAUCGUUGAAAGAGAUGAUGAAAACCUGGACCGACUACAGACUUCUCUUUGUGGCAUUAACAUAUCCAUUUCGAAUGGUCUGCUACGCUCUUGGCGAUCUCAUUCAACGAUAUGUGAGCGAUCGUUACCACUGGACCCUAGCAGAUGCUACGUUGCUAUAUUCGAUACAAGCUAUUUCUUCGGCUGCGAUGCUGUUCAUACUUUUGCCUUUGGUGUCGGCUCAAAUUGACCAGAGAUAUUCAUGGAGUGUCAUUCAAAAGAACGUGGUAUUGUCAAGGGUAUCUUUACUGAUACUUGUGUUCGCUUAUGCAGUUAUUGGAUUGGCUCCAACGGCACCGAUCAUGAUCGUUGGGCUUUUGAUCGAAACACUUGCCACAGGUCUGCCCGCGACAAUGCGGGCACUGGCAUCAGCGCUCGUGGAAGGUGAAGACAAGGGAAGAGUGUUCUCUGUGCUAGCAGUCGUUGAGACUCUGAGCGCUAUGGUUGCGUACCCUUUCUCGGCUGCCUUCUUCAAUCUGGGGCUGGAAAAGGGCGGCGGAGUAUGGCUUGGGUUACCUUAUGAUGUGAUCUCGAUCGGCGCGGCCAUAUCAUUUUUGAUUAUGUGCUUGCUGAGAUUCGAGAGACGGAUAAGAGUUUAG